UAAAACAACAAUGAAAGAUGCUCCUUUUGUAAUGACGAAAAGGAGAAACUUGCAUUUUGUACUACAUUGAAGAACUUAAAGGUGUCAUCUAUUUUUUGCUCCAAUCUUUGCAAUAGCAUCAGUGUUGAUCCUCCUGAGCUAAAGAACUCCAAGUCCCAUGAUUAUCAUGUCCUUAUGCAACAUUUGUUUCCGUUACUGGUUCAUGCAUCGCCUUCACUACCUAAAGAUCUGCGGAUUUUUCUUAUUCGGAUAAGUUUUUUUCUCAAAAUUUUGUGCGCGAAGGUUAUCAACAGAGAACAACUUUUAAAAGCAAAAGGUACUCUAGUGGAAGCAAUUUGUGUAUUGGAAAAAUAUUUUCCUCCUUACUUCUUUGUUAUAAGUAUCCACUUGAUGGUGCAUUUAGCUGACGAAGCUUUGAUCAACGGUCCUGUCAGAUUUAGAUAGAUGUAUCCUUUUGAAAGGUUGAUGAAAGGUUGCAAAGGCUUGGUAAGGUACAUCAAUGGAUGCAUUGCAAGAGGAUAUGUGCUGCAAGAAGCCAGCUUGUACAGUAUGGAGGACAUAUCAAAUGAUGGUGGUGGGACUCACAAACAUACUCGACAUGCCUUUCUAGAUGAUGAUGAUGAGUUUGCCGAUGAGAUGUCUUUGAGUAUUGCGAAACCUAUUACUUUAACUCAAGCACAGUUUCAGCAAUCUUGUAGGUGGCUUCUGUCUAAGUAUGUGGGAAUAAAUGAAUGGCAGAGGUACAACUUUUUAACUUCACAGUUGUUAGAUGUUUUUUGAUUAUUGGAUUGUCGAUCUAGUUGCUGCUGGAUUGUUCUUUGAUUGUAGGAAGUAUGAUUUAUAUGUGAACAACGACAACUUUAAUAGUCAGGAAAAUCUCUCUUCCAAGAAUGGGCCAAAAAGCUUUCUCUUAUGGUUACGCGAUGAGAUGAUAGAAGCCAAAGAGACAAAAUCAAUACUUUGGCGACUAGUGAAAGGACCCCUCUUCAAGGCGCAGUCGUAUAACAAAUACCAAUCUAAUGGCUUUGAUUUCAGCUCUCAUGAUUACGAGGAGGGUUUCGUAACACAGAACAGUGGUGUGUCUAUGAAAGCCAUUACAAGACAUAGAGCAAAGUCCACGGACAGAAGUUUGGUGGAAGCAAAAAUUACCUAUUAUGGUGUCAUUAAACAGAUUAUAAAAUUGGACUAUAUGGAAUUAAGGAAGUUGUUUGUUACUGUGAUUGGGUCAGAGUUGAAGAUAAGAGUAAUGGAUGCAAAUUUGAUCCAAUCUCAAGCUCAAUAAAGGUUAACUUGUCUAAGCUGCAAAGCACUAAGAGAGUGAUGGAUGAGCCGUUUAUUCGUGCAUCUGAAGCGAGUCAAGUAUUUUAUUCAAAGGAUCUUGAUGAAGUGGGAUAGUUUUUGGUAUUGAAACAUUCACAACAAAGAUUAACUUGCGCAGUAGAUUAGCUAGAAAUCCCUACUAAGUCGGCUCUUACUGACAAUGAGAGCUUGGAAAACUGUUAUGUGUCGAUGCUGUAGUUUAGAUACAUGUCUGUCAUCGUUGCAAGUUAUAUGUUGUAUUUCUGAUUGUGAUCCUUUUUUUUAUCAGUUACGA